UCGUUUUUUAAUCUAUUUUCUGAAUUAUUUAAACGAAAUAAAAAAUGGGUUCAUCUCAGAUCUUUUCUUCAUUAGAUUCCUAGCAUUUCUGGGUGUUCUCGGCUUCUCUCUCUUCGUUUUCUCAAUCACCAUGGAUGUUCCCACAACUACCGUCGCAUCAGACGAAUCUCAGAAGAAUGAUUAUUCGGUGUGGGCGGCUCCGCCGGAGGAUGUGAUACCGAGAAUCAAGAAGUUGAUGGAGGGUCUACGAUCCGAGUUCGGCGGGCCCCAGUUCGAGCCGCAUAUGACUGUCGUUGGGUUGGUCAGUCUGACGAAGGAUGAUGCGUUGGCCAAGUUUAAAGCAGCUUGCGAUGGGCUCAAGACUUAUAAUUGUAGUGUGGAUCGUGUGGCCACUGUGACUUUCUUUUCGUGUGUUUAUUUGCUCAUUCAUCCAACGACUGAGGUGGUGGAAGCUAGUGCAAAGUCCAGUAGCACUUUUGGGUUCAAGUCCUCUACACCUUACAUGCCGCAUAUAAGCCUGCUUUAUGGGGACCUGACGGACGAAGAGAAGAAAAAAGCUCAAGAAAAAGCUUACUCUCUUGAUGAGAGCAUCGACCAACUAAGCUUCCCAAUUACUCGCCUUCAAUUGUGGAAAACACCCACUUCGGAUAACACUCUCACAUCUUGGGAGAAGAUUGCUGAAUACAAUCUCAGCCCCAAUUAACUUUUCUUCAACUCCUUAAUUGAAAUAACUUGCAGCAAGAUCCACCAUACUGGUGAUCUUCUUCAGGUUGUUGCAUACAGUCUAUUAAUAGAACUCUCCAUGCUGU